AUGCAAGGUAUCAUGAUAUACCGGGUGUCGAGUAUGUACAGUCACAACCGCAAAAUCAUUUUUCUCUUCGCAUUGGCUGCUUUCAUCGAGGCCGCUUCUAUGAUCGCCAUACAGACCAUAUCAACACAAGUCGACGAACCCGUACCGAACCCAGCCCCUGGUGUAUUCCUCUGCACGCAGAGAACGUUCCCAUCCUGGAUGUACAUCACCUGGAUACCCAUCAUGAUCUUUGAGAUUUUGGUCCUUGGGUUAUCUGUGUCUCUAGGCCUGAGGUAUUAUAAGACCGUUAGAACGCUGGCGACCAUCCGGGUGGAUCCGUCGCACAAGCCAGAUUCAUUGGCAUACAUUCUUUUGAGAGAUAGUAUCACCUUUCCUUUCCUGUGUCUUGCAGCUUGCAUUCUCAACCUUAUCGUAUGGAUACACUUGCCGCACGCAUACAUCCAACUUGCAUUCGGAAUCGCCUCCUUCGUCCCAUGCGUCCUCGGCCCGCGCCUCAUCCUCAACCUCCGCGAAGCGUACUACGAGCCGUUCAACCGCGAGUGCGACGACAGCGACCUCCAAGAAUCCGGGCCACACGAAUACGACCACAGAGGGAGCGCACGGCACCCGCGGCGCCGGUUGGGGAGGUACACACGUGGGUCGACGUUGGAUAUGGACUCUGAGACUGUUCUGGAGGAUGAGGAUGGAGAUGAGGAUGUACGUGCGCAGUAUCGCUCGGAUAGUGAGGUUGGGCGAUCCAAGGCUGCGCGUCAGGCGAAGCAGACGUAA